GACGGUUUGAAUCGGCAGCCUGGGCGGGCGGACGGGGAGAGGCCCCGCGAUGGAGGUCUACCUGCAGCAGCACCGCAAGUACUAUUUCUUCCAGGAGCGGCUGAACACUUUCAAGAACUGGCCCUUCCUCGCCGGCUGUGGCUGCAUGCCCGAGAAUAUGGCUGCAGCAGGGUUUAUUCACACCCCAAGUCCUGAUGUUGCUCAGUGCUUCUUUUGUUACAAAGAGCUGGGAGGUUGGGAACCUGAAGAUGAACCUUUAGUUGGACAUAAAAAUCACUCACCAAAGUGUGCUUUCAUUGCACUGAAGAAGGAGUUUGAGCAUCUAACAGCUGAAGAGUUCCUCAAGCUGGACAAGGAAAGAGUAAAGAAUAUCACGAAGAAACAAGUCUCUGAAAUGAUUGAAUCAUUUGAACAAAAAGCAAAAGUUACAAGAAGUGCAAUUGAAGAUCUUGUAACUUACUAGAGAUGUGGAAUAUUCUCCUAUUACAGUGUAAUUUAAGCUCAACUUAUUUAAUCGCUCCUCAAACUGAGGAUCAUGUCAAUGUAGUGUCUUC